AUGAAUUUCCGUAAUCUGAUAGCUUCCGGCUCUCGCAUCGGGAAGAGGUUCUGUGCAACGGUCUUCGCUCCGGCGUCUUCUGGCGUCGAAACCUCUGUCGCUAUUCCGGCGACGGCGGAUGGCGUCGAAGCCUCUGUUUCUGCUCCGACGGCGGCGUCAAAGCAGCGAAUGAUCUACAAGAAACUGUCGAAGCUUCCUGUGACAGGAGGGACAGUGGCACAGACGUUGAACCAGUUCGUCAUGGAGGGCAUUUCUGUCAGAAAAGAAGAUCUCUUCCGCUGCGCCAAGGACCUUCGCAAAUUCCGUCGACCUCAACACGCCCUUGAGAUCUUUGAUUGGAUGGAGAUGAGGAAAAUGACACUAUCCGUCUCGGAUCAUGCGAUUCGUUUGGAUCUAAUUGCAAAGACGAAAGGCUUAGAAGCGGCUGAGAACUACUUUAACAGCUUAGCUCCUUCUGCAAAGAAUCAUCAGUCGACUUACGGAGCGCUCAUGAACUGUUACUGCGUGGAGCUCAAGGAAGACAAGGCAAAGGCUCACUUCGACAGAAUGGAUGAGCUCAAAUUCGUCAACAAUUCGUUACCUUUCAACAACAUGAUGUCUAUGUACAUGCGGAUGCGUCAGCCGGAGAAGGUGCCGUUGCUUGUUGAUGCGAUGAAACAGAGAGAGAUCUCUCCUUGUGGGAUCACUUACUCUAUAUGGAUGCAGAGCUGUGGAAGCUUAAACGACUUGGAGGGAUUAGACAAGGUUAUAGAUGAAAUGGGGAGAGACAGUGAAGCUGAAGCUAAAACCACUUGGAACACUUUCUCUAACCUUGCAGCGAUCUACACUAAAGCUGGUCUUUUCGAUAAGGCCGAGUCUGCGUUGAAGUCUAUGGAGGAGAAGAUGAAUCCGAACAACCGAGAUUCACACCAUUUCCUCAUCAGUUUGUAUGCUGGAAUCUCGAAAGCUUCAGAGGUUGAGCGAGUUUGGGAGUCUUUGAACAAGGCUCGUCCUGAGGUCAACAAUAUGAGCUAUCUUGUAAUGUUGCAAGCGAUGAGCAAUCUCGGUGACAUGGAUGGGAUCAAGAGGAUCUUCACAGAGUGGGAAUCGAAGCACCAGGUUUACGAUAUGAGGCUGGCUAAUAUCGCGAUUAACACGUAUCUGAAAGGAGACAUGUAUGAUGAAGCAGAGAAGAUUCUUGAUAGUGCCGUGAAGAAAUGCAAAGGGCCUUUCUCUAAAGCGAGACAGCUUCUGAUGAUACAUGUUUUGGAGAAGGGUGAAGCUGAUUUGGCUAUGAAGCAUUUGGAAGCAGCGGUUUCGGAUUCCGCAGAGAACAAAGACGAGUGGAGCUGGAGCUCAGAGCUGAUCAGCUUGUUUGGUCUUCACUUUGAGAAGACUAAAGAUGUUGAUGGAGCAGAAAGAUUCUGCAAGGUUUUGUCGAAUUGGGGCCAAACUGAUGUCUUGAAAAAUUGCUGA